UACUCCACACAUAUUGUGUUGGUUUUAGCUUUAGAGCUCAUGAUUCUUCAAGAUUUUAGCCUUUUAACUUUCCCUUUCUCUUUGCCCUUUAUCUUCUCUUUGAGUACGGAAAACUUACUUUUCCUUACUCUUUAGCAAUUCUCUUAAAAUCAAUCGUUAUCUUAUAUUUCUUUCCUCAUUUUCAAGUUAACAUAUACCUUCGAUACUUAGAAAUUUGAAGGGCCCAAGAGUGAGAGAGAAGAUGGGAAGCAUCAAGGUGUUUGGAUUGCCAACAUCAACUGAUGUAGCUAGAGUUCUAACUUGCCUCUUUGAGAAGGAACUUGAGUUCCAACUCAUUCGAAUCGACACCUACAAAGGAAAGCGUAAAGUUCCUGAGUUUCUCAGGCUACAGGAUAUCUCUGGUCAAGUGACGUUCAAAGACGAGGAGAAAAUGCUCCUCGAUUCCAGGGAAAUAUGCAGAUACAUAGCAGACUACCCUACUUCAGAACCUUCAACGAAAAAAUUACUAGGCACCGGAAUCCUUGAGAGAGCUUCUGUCGAACAAUGGCUACAAGCUGAAAGCGAAAAUUUCGAACCUCCAAGCUCUGCCUUAGUCUUCCAUCUCGCCUUCGCAGUCCCCAUGGGUAUAAACCCUGAUCAAGCUAUAAUAAAAACAAAUGAGGACCAACUCGCAAAAGUUCUUGAUAUCUACGAUCAAAGAUUGGCUUUGAGCGAGUAUUUGGGUGGUGAUGAGUUCACGCUCGCUGAUCUCUCACACCUCCCAUACUCAAAUUAUUUGAUGAGCCGAUCAGAUAGGGGACGGAGGUUGUUUGAGUCAAGGAAGAAUGUUGAGAGGUGGUGGAAGAAGAUUUCGUCGAGAUCUUCAUGGUUGAAGGUUUUGGAGCUGCAGAAUGAACACCCAGGGCCUUUUUGAAAAGUUUUGGGUUAGUAGGAUGUGUGCUGGUUUUCUUUCUGUGGUGUGUUUUGUGUAGUGAGGCAGUGUGGUGUUUUGUUUUCCGGAGUGAGGAGAGUUUCUGUUUUGUUUAUCCUUUGUAUGCACUUUCAUGACUUUUAGAAUUCAAGUGUUUAAUCCCAUACA